AUGCAUUCCGGACACCUUCCCACCGCCCCGAUCUGGGACGACGUCCGCACCCUCACCGCCUGGGACAUCCCCGGCUCUUCACCCAUCGACAUCAUCGCCGCCGGGUUUCCGUGCCCGGAUGUCAGCGAUCUCGGAACUGGACGCGGCCUGGAGGGAGAGCAGUCUCGCCUUUUCUUCGAAGUCGUACGCCUGGCACAGGAGACCCGCGCCACUUACGUCCUGCUCGAGAACGUCGCCGACAUCCUCCACCGCGGCGUUGAGCGAGUCGUGCAGGCUCUGCAUCAGGCAGGGUAUGAUUGUCGAUGGAUGUGCGUGGCAGCCGCUGAUGUGGGAGCGCCCCACGAGCGACGACGCUGGUUCUGUCUCGCGCGACGCCGCGCCGCGAGGUACCGCGAUGAAUCGGACGACGAAGCGGACCCCCGGCCGGACGUCGCCGACGACGACGAGGCGGGGCGCGAGCCGCCGGAGGAGCGCGAAGACGCGCGAGGAGGCAAACGGGGAGGAUCGGGAGAAGAACUCUGA